GCCUCGCGCUGUCUCGCCCGGCGCGCGACGCGUGCGCCGCAGGAGAGAGGACGCCGCUGAUCUCCCUCCACCUCCGGAGCUUCGGGUUUCCGCCGCCUGCCGUUCCCCACGUCGUCUUCGUCGCCGCCUCACCUUCGGCCUGCCUGUCCGUCGCUUGCUUCGCCCACCUCGUCUUUGGAAAGUUAAUGGCUCCGUGCGCUACAGCUGCGGUCAGUGGGCCCCACCCGGCAGAGAGUGCGGAAGCCACGAGAAACACCCGAAGCCUUCUCCAUCUCUCCCGCCGCAAUUCAGCCUUCCACUGCUCUCCACACUCUUCACUCCUCUCCCUAUAUUACUAUAUAAGUUUCUUCCGGCGAUCAGGCAGAGCGCACGGGAGAUCAAACAAGCGGAUAUAUCCUUCCCUUCCCUUUUCAACCGGAUUUGCAGCGGCAGGUGAGUCGACCGAUGGAGUUCUCGCUGGUCGGCGGCGGCGGCGAGCCGUUCCCGACGUCGGCGGCGGCGGUGCUGCAGCAGCUGCUGGACCUCCCCGACGAGCUGGAGCGGCAGCUGAACCCGCCGACGCGCGCCUACGUGCGCGACCGCCGCGCCAUGGCCAACACCCCCAUGGACGUCAAGGAGCUCCCCUCCGGCGCGCUCGUGCUCGCCGUCGACAUGCCGGGCGUCAGCCCCGCCGACGUCAGGGUCCAGGUCGAGGAGGGCAACGUGCUCACCAUCAGCGGCGAGCGCAAGCGCCCCGGCGACGCCGGCGACGGCAAGGCGGCGGACGCGGUGAAGUACCUGAGGAUGGAGCGGCGGAUGGGCAAGUUCAUGAGGAAGUUCCCGCUGCCGGAGAGUGCCGACCUCGACAGCGUCCGCGCCGAGUACAAGGACGGCGUGCUCACCGUCACCGUGCACAAGAAGCCGCCGCCGGAGCCCAAGAAGCCGCGCGUCGUCGAGGUCAAGGCCGGCGACGGCGAGCCCAAGGACAAGUAGCUCACUGCCAUCACUUGCUGCUGU